AUGACACGUUUAACAUUAUUAUCGGUUCUUUUAGUAAAAUUUGUUCUAAGUGAUGAUUUUUCAGCAUUUACAAAUGAUACAGUAGCAAGAGUAAAAUUAUAUACAAAUUCAGCUGAAAUUGGUUAUCAGAUAUCGUCUGAUCAAUUACCAAUUGAAUUUUCACAAGAACAAUGGAACGGAAUACGUACUGAUACAAUACGAUUAAUUGGUGACGAUAUUUGUAUUAUCUCACAAACAAUUCAACAAGAAAAAAAAUCGCUAAAUGGACAAGAAUUACAAAUUUGUCGCCAAAAGUGCAAAGAUAUUUUGAUGAUUGAUGAUAGUCUGGGUUUAGUUCAAGAUUUAACGGAUAGUACAUAUUAUUAUGUUGAUAUUCGUAGUUAUGAAAUAAAAUAUUUUGACAUUCCUCCACAAGAUAAAUACAUUGUUGACUUUACCUAUCAAACAGUGAAUGAUUAUGAACAAUUGUAUUUACAAAUGUUAACAACUCAACUACGAUGGAGCACUACGUACGAUCUUUUCUUGAAUGAUAAUAACGAUAAUUAUAGUAAUGAGACGUUAUUGAUCGGGUAUGCAGAUAUGAAAAAUAGUGGCGAAAAUGCAAUUCAUAUUGAACAAGCUGAAUUAUUUGGCGGUGAUAUUGAAAUUAAAGGCAGUCCUGUUGUUUAUACCUACAAUAAUGGUCAGCUUUUUAACGCUGAUGUCCAAUCUUAUGGAAAUCAAAAUAGCGCUGGAUCUAAUCAAAGACCAACUGUUUCAUUAGGUCAAGAAUUAUUUGGUGUUUAUGUUUAUGUAAUUGACGUACCAUUCGUUAUUCAAGCGAAAACAAAUCUUCUUUUACCAAUGAUAAGUCCUAAUGUCAUCAUUGAAAGAUAUGGUGUAAUUAAAAAUUAUUUUCAAACAUUGACAAACAGUGGUUAUGCUCAACGCGCUUAUCGUCUUACCAGUGAUUUAUUUUUACCAAAAGGUAAUGUUUUAGUUAGAGAAAAUAAUCGUGUAGUAGGUGAAAUAUCAUGGCAUGAUCAAGCAGCAAAUAAUUCAUAUUCAUUUACAAUAGGAAGAGAUUCUGAUAUUGCUUAUAAAGAAACUGUCAUAUUACUAUUAAAUGAAUCAACUGAAUAUUCUAGCAGUUUUAAUAAUAUAACAUACGAAAUUUCAUUGAAUAUACGAAAUUUUAAAGAACGACCGGUCAGAAUUGAAUAUAUUCAACAAAUGGAUUAUGAAACAGUAGUUAUGUUCUCACAACAAAAAAAUUAUUUUACGUACGAAGUAUCAAUUAUUUCAGCGAAUUUUACAUUAAACGCAAAAGAGAUGAUAGAGAACAAAUACAAAGUUAUCAUCCGACGACGUAGAAAAUAA